CUAUUAAAGCAUGUCUGAAAUAAAGCAGCCUGGUAAUAAAGGGGAUGGAGUCAAGGGAGCAUCCCAAAAUGGAAGAGGCCUGGAGGGAGAUGAGAACCUGAAGUUUCUGAUGAUAGGGGGUGAGCUGACCAAGAUAAAGUCCAGCUCGUGGAAGAAGAAGCGCUACUACAAGCUGCUGGAAGAUGGACACACCAUGUGGUCGGAGUCCCGCAAGGGCUUCAGGAAAAACCAAACCUUCUCCCUGGACGACAUCGACUCCGUCCGUCACGGCCGUCAAUCAGAGACUCUGGAGAAGUACACGGACAGUUCGGUGGAGGACCUCUGCUUCUCCAUCAUCUUCAAAGGCAAGCGCAAACACAUCGAUCUGAUGGCGCCCUCCAAGGACGACGCCAGGCAGUGGGUGGCAGGACUGGAGAAGGUCAUCACGAACAUGCACAACCUCAAUUCACAACAGAAGAGCGAACACUGGAUCAUUACCUGCAUGCGUAAUGCUGACAAAGACAAGGACAACAGGAUGACUUUUAAGGAGGUGAAGCAUUUCCUGCGGCAGAUCAACGUUGAGAUGGACGACCUGUACGCCACCAGGCUAUUUGAACAAUGCGACACGUCCAAGUCUGGCACCCUGGAGGGGGAGGAGAUUAAGCAUUUCUAUGACCUGCUGACGCAUCGUGUGGAGAUCGAGACGAUCUACAAAAAAUACGCUCGUACCGACGGGCGGAUGAGCGCCGCGGAUCUCAUGACCUUCCUGCAGCAGGAGCAGAGAGAGUCUGUAACUCAGGAGUACGUGCUGAGGAUGAUCGACGAACACGAACCGGACCAAACAGCCCGACAACAGAAACAAAUGAGCAGAGACGGCUUCCUGAGGUUCCUGACCAGUGUCAACGGUUCCAUUUUUAACCCGGCCCACAUUGGAAUGUACCAGGACAUGAGGCAGCCAAUCAACCACUACUUCAUCUCCUCCUCCCACAACACCUACCUCAUGGAGGACCAGCUGAAAGGACCCAGCAGUACCGAGGCUUAUAUUAGGGCGUUGGUGAAGAGCUGCCGCUGUGUGGAGCUGGACUGCUGGGAUGGACCCAACGGAGAACCGGUCAUCUUUCACGGCCAUACACUGACGUCCAAAGUGCUCUUCAAGGACGUCAUCAGGGUUAUCAAGGAGUACGCCUUCAAAACGUCCAAGUAUCCAGUUAUCCUCUCACUGGAGAAUCACUGCACUCUGGAACAACAGAAACUCAUGGCUCACCACAUGACCUCCAUCCUGGGGAAUGCCCUUCUCACACGCCCUCUGGGAACUGAGAUACCCACCCAACUGCCAUCUCCAGAGGAAUUAAAGGGUAAAAUCCUGGUGAAGGGCAAGCGUCUGGACAAACUGGACGCGACGUUCAACAACAACACGGAGGAUGUGGACAGCGUGUCCGAAGAAGACGAAGCCGCAGAUAUCAAACCGAACGAGCAAAAUAAACCCAAGAAGACGAAGAUCAAGCUCGCUAAGGAGCUGUCUGACUUGGUGAUCUACUGCAAGAGUGUCCACUUUAACAGCUUUGAACAUUCACGAGAUAAGCAGGUCUGCUAUGAGAUGGCGUCUUUUAAAGAAAGCAAAGCUAAAGCGCUGGCUGAGAAUUCGGCAAAUCCGUUCAUCCAUCACAACAUGGACAAGCUGAGCAGAAUUUACCCUGCCGGCUCCAGGACCGACUCGUCCAACUACAAUCCGGUCACCAUGUGGAACGCUGGCUGCCAAAUCGUGGCACUCAACUUCCAAACCCACUGUAAGGAGAUGGAUCUGAACCAAGGGCGCUUUAUGCUCAACGAGAAAUGCGGGUACAUCCUGAAACCCAACUUCAUGAGGGACCCUAAUUCUCAGUUUAACCCCAACGCACUGACUGUGGGACCCUGGCACAAGAAGAAGAACCUUCACAUAAUGGUGAUCUCAGCACAGCAGCUUCCCAAACUAAACAAGGAUAAGCCCAAAUCCAUAGUAGACCCACUUGUGAAAGUGGAAAUCUACGGAAUUCCAGAUGAUCGAGCCGCUGUACAGACGCCCUACAUUACCGACAAUGGGUUCAAUCCGAGCUGGAAUAAAAACUUCAAGUUUACUGUUCAUGUGCCUGAUCUGGCUCUAGUUCGCUUUGUAGUGGAGGAUUAUGAUAGUGCUUCUUCUAAUGACUUUAUUGGACAGUACACGAUCCCCGUCACCAGCAUGCAAAACGGGUAUCGGCAUAUUCCUCUGCUGACCAAAGGUGGAGACGUUAUUCCUUCAGCACGACUGUUCGUUCACAUCAUGGCCCUGGACGCCUAACACAUCUGAAGCAAACUAACACAGACAACGGAUUGAUUUUUCUUUCUGUGUAAUUUAUUAUAGAUAUCUGUGCCAAUACUUGGGAAUAGAUGGGAAAUGGAGGUGGUGAGGAAAUGGGCUGUUUUAUUAAUGAGUGAAGAUUUCUUUGCUUUAGUGCUUUUGAAUAACACAGACUGUGAGGGUCAGUGCCACAUCUAAGGAUCAUGACAGGGUUUUAAAUGUUUUUCUUUAUUAUACAGUAUGGAAAAUGUCCAUAUUUAUUUAGUAGUUAUUGUUAAUUCUUUAUAACACUAAAUCAUUACAGAUUAUUUUAUUUUUGUGUAAUAGAACAUUAAAGUUUUAAAGAAC